AACACACUUAUAUUCUCUUUCGGAGUAAUCCUUUAUGUUACUCAUAGACCACAGAUCCUGUGGAGAGGUGUCUGUCUCAGAGCUGCGGAAAGAAGUCAAAGGCACUAAUAUGGAUGACAAACUGCUUCCGAGAGAAGUGCCAGAGCCGACAAGGUUUCCAAGUAUCCUCUUCGAGCCAUGUGUGCCAGACGCAUCUCUAGUUUUUGGAUGUGGGCUGUUCGAAGCACCAAAGGCAUCUGCCAAAGUGAUGAAAACUCCACACGAAACUUCGAACACAGAAGAUAUUUUACGCUAUGGCAUACAAGAGAAAGCUGUCCCUUCAUGGAUAAAGGCAUACAAAGUGGAGACAAAUACAGUUGUUGAUCCCAGCAACUUUGAGCAGAGUGAUCACCAGCGCAUAUCAGCUGACUUCAGUGAGAGGAGACCAGAUUUCGAGGAGUUUGAAGAGCGAAGUGCUGAGAAUUUUUCGGGAAGGACCAGUUCAGGGCCCGUUGGGGCAGGGAAUAUGUGUGUGGGACAGAAGACGGGGGACGGAACUCGUAAAGCCGAUCGACUCGGGUAUAAGAACUCGGUUGCAGUGCAGGAAAUGAGAGAAAGAGGUGAGUCAUUUGGAAAAAGUACCACCGAUAAUUUCCUCGAUUCUGACACAGACCCGUUUGCAAAAAAAUACCAAUAUGGUCUCAAAAGGAGCAAAGUGACAAAUUCUCAGACUCGUGUUGAGAUGUCGGAUCGGCACUAUGCUGAGCUCCAGGAAGGCACUGCUGCAGUGCCACAUAAGCGUCUCGGGGAUGUUGUGGAGUGUACGGGACGUCCCACACAGGAUUUGCCCGACAUUACGGGCGUCCAGUGUGACAGUACCGUUUCGGCGACAGUCACUGCACCUGGAGGAGAGAUACAGGGUGUGGAGGAGGAGCGUGGCAGCUUUCCACCGGGUCACUUGGACCGACAGGGAGGAGUCGCUCGCUACGUCGAUUCGUCCGAUCAGGUCGCACUCGGAGGGGCGGGGUACGUCGCCUCGGAUGUAAGUGGCCUGCGGGUACCCCAGGCUUUCGACUUUCAGAAGGAAAGAGAAAAAUCUACAGGGCCACACAAAGGUUUUAUUUCGUCAGACUGCAGCCUAAGUGACGGUUCUCCUCUCAGUUUGGGAAGACGCAGACGGAAGUGGAAAAACAAACUGGUGAAAGAAAGUGACCCGGGAUCAGUUCCGGUUCCGUGCAAAAAUCUUGGAAUAAAUGUGAGGGAGAGAGAACUCCUCACAGUCGGCAAUUCUGAAACGCGCGACAGUCCCAGGCGUGCAAAGAGGGGGAGCUCCGCGGGAUCGCCCCUCACGGACUUCAGAAACGCACGCACUGCGGAGGGGCUCGGAGGGUCGCGGGUCCCAGUGUCGGACCCUCUUAUAAGGGCACUGUUCCACCUGCAGAACCGCCACACAGAGCUGCUGCUAAAGCUGGCGGCAGAUGUGGGUGAGGUGGCUCACAAGCAGAGGAGGAUGUUUGACGUCUUCCAGAAACUGCAGAGUGCCUUCUGUGACAGUGGCACCCGGACUGCCGCCGAGGUGCCUGUGGGGAGUGGCGGGGUCCAGAGGAGGCACUGCGACAAGUGCACACAGACGAGCUGUGACGGUGGCGACCGGGUACCGGUGGCUGUGACGGAUGCCUGGACGCAGUCGGGCGGUACGGGAGACACGGAGGGUAGCAGUUACAGGGCAGGUCGUCUGGAAAGUGGGGUCGUGGCUGUGACUGAGACCGAGAGCGGAGGCUCGCACAAAACACGUGAAGGUCUCGGUGGAGCAGUGUGUGCUGUGAGUGAAGGGACAGGACAUCUGGCCGAGAGUGGAACCUGCAUCGGUGAUAGGUUGGAGACAACAGAGGUCAGAGCGAGGGUAGGCUCAGAUGCCACCCGGGGAGGCAAGGACUCUGGCAAGGCAGCAAAUCCUGGUGAUGUGUGGAGGCUUAUAGGAGCCGUGCGGAGCAUCGCUGCCAGGGUUGAGGAGUCUGGAUCAAAAACGAGACAUCCCUCCGGGGAGGCGGGCACCGGCAGUGACGAGGCAGAGCAGGAAUGUGGUGACUGCUCGAGGCAGGUGGAGGUGGCCGGCCUCGUCGCAGCCAUGCGGAGUGCUGUAUUGAGGUAUGAGAACAACGAGUUCAUAAAAGCGCCCAAGUUGGAGGAUGUAGCCGAAGUAUCGGAGAACUCUUCAGACUCGGAAGACGGUGAGGCAUCUGAGGUGGGCGACGAGUCAUUGACAAUUGGCGACCUUAGCCUCGUUCCUCAGAACGUGUCGCUGUCGCCUGACCCGUCGCUCCGGAUUGACCCGGGGGGCUUGGAAAUCUCUUCGGAUGCACUCGCUACUGGGAGCGAUGAUAGUGAGACCGAAGUGUCAGCCCACUCUUCUAAAAUGAAAGAAGGCCAUUCCGAAAACACUGACACGACGGCCGUAUACCUGUACAGAAAUAUUUUUAGCAAAGUGCAGGAGAUAUUGGACCAUAGUAAAACAGCUUCAGAGGGCAGGAGAGACAGUUCUGGGAAGAAACCCUCAACAUCUGAAGCAGAAAAUGGAAGAACGAAGAACAGAUAGCAUUAAUUUCCAUAUGGUGAUGCAUAAGGUGGAUGUAGACAGAGUUAGGUUAUCUGACUUAAAAGGUAAAAUGUUUGAUGGUAUUAAAAAUGUAAAUAAUAG